AUGGCAUCUGGUUCGACGAAUGCCCACCCAAAUGCAACGCGCGGAUUCAAAGACGACAGCGAAAACACCGCACGGCAGAUGUGGUGGGCGGGCAUACACUUGGCGUUCUGUUUAGAUGCGGAGCUGGAGAGUGGAAGUCAUGCAUGGCGCGGGGGACACAUGACGGGCAGAUGGGAAAAGGCCUGGAGGUUUCACGGAAUCGGGAAAGAGGCCGAGAGCUCCGUUCCUUUCCGUUCGUACGACGAGCCAUAUCCAGCGCGCGAGUCCAAUCCCGUCAAGUUCGACAAGGAUAGCGACUCAGGUACAGAGCCGAACAAAGACAUAUGUGCAGCCUUCUGA